AAAGGGGGAAGAAAGAGGGGCAGAGGAGGGAAGGGGGACCGCCGUCUGAGAGGAGAUUUGGGGAGCUGGGACCCAAACCGUUGGGACGUGGCAUUGGCCGAGAGAAAGGGGCUGCCGCCGGCACUGGGAGCGCACUCAUCAUUUGGGGCGGGGGAAGUGGGGGAGAGAGGAGCGGGCUGGGGAGGAAGAGAGUCCCAGCCGAAGUGGAUGGAAGGGGACCGGGGUUUCUGCCGCGCUGGGAGCCGCGAGCCGGGGCGAUGGCGCUAAGGACGGCGCGGAGCAGCUGCGCUCCGGGGAACGCGUCUCCUCGAGGAGGACUAGCCGGCGUCGGGAAGGUCUGCGCGAAGAGGAACCAACUUGUGGCUCCAAAAUGUACCCCACGCAGCUGGAAAUGAGAUCAAAGCUGCAGUUUCAUUCGAGAAGGAUGAGAGGAGUCAGCGACUAGGGUUUUUUUUUUUUAACCUCCUUCGUUCCAUUUUCUAUUUUCUAUCUUCUUUCCUUAUUAUUAUUAUUUUCAUUUGCCUAACAUCCCGUCGAGCCCCUGAUUUCGCCCUCCCCAUUUGAAAUAAAAGCCCAGUUUGAACUCCCUUCGUCGCGGCGCCCCCCGGAUCCGCCGCCCGCUGAUGGAGGAGAAGGGGACCCGGGGGCUGGCAGGGGCCACCGGCGAAGGACCGCGUCACGCGUCUCCCCCGUGAUCCCGGCCCGGAUCGCGGAGUUCUGCAACACCUGGAGGAGCUGAACCGGGUGCCGGGGUGGGGCGGGGACAGAGGAAGCGAAAGCCACCCCGAGCCUUAAAAAAAAAAAAAGUAAGAGGGGGAGGAAUGGGUUUCUUCUUGACAGCUGACGGAGCCUUGAAAUUUUCCUCCACUGCCUCCCGCCCCCGCCCCCGCCCCCGCCCCCCGCACUCCAUUUAACGUGAGAUUAUGAAAUUGCAGAGGCGGUGGAGAGAAGAAGGAGACAGGAUAUAACAGAGAGUUUGGAGGGAGAGGGGAAGGUGGCUGGCCGGGUGGCUGAAAUCAAAAAUCCAAUUGCGCACUGGGUUGUGAUGAGAAAUCUAAUCAGAUCUUUGGAGACGGGGCCGGCCGGAAGGGUGGCGAGUGGGGGGAGUUGAUCCCCAAAUUCUUCGAGGGGCGGGGGUGCUGGGAAGAGGCAUCGGCGAUGUAAAAGGAGUACUUUUUUUUUUUUUUUUGGUGGCGGUGGCGGUUGGGUGCGUUGCAAAAAUGAAGGAUGCGGGACGCAGCUCUCUCUUGGAACCGAACGCAGUGGAUAAACUGAUUGUGCAAGAGAGAAGGAAGAACGAAGCUGUUUCUUGUGAGACCUGGAUCUUAGCACAAAUGAGUAUGUGUGCACACAGGGAGCGUUGAGAAAUGAAAUAAACCAGUGCCAGACCCGCGGGGGUCGGUGUGUUCUGACAUAAAUAAAUAAUAAUAAAACAGCUGCCCCCUCCCCCUUGCCCAAAAGGAUGAUUGGAAAUGGAGAACCGAGGAUCCACAAAGGAAAAGUCUGUUCAUUUUUUUCUAUAAAGGAGAAAGUCAGCCAAGGAGAUAUUUUUGGAAUGAAAAGUUUGGGGCUUUUUUAAGGAAAGGAAAGACCUGAUACGGUGGUGUUUUCUUUUCUUUUUGAAUUUCCCACAAGAGGAGAGAGAAUUAAUAAUACAUCUGCAAAGAAAUUUCGGCAAAGAAAAGUUGACCGCGGCAGAAUGAGGCAUUGAUUGGGGGAGAGAAACCAGCAGAGCACAGUUGGAUUUGUGCCGAUGUUGACUAAAAUUGACGGAUAAUUGCAGUUGGAUUUUUCUUCAUCAACCUCCUUUCCCCUCCUUUUUUUUUUUCUUUUUGGUGUCAAGAUCAUGCAUUUUCGCUUGUUCUGUACCACCUGGAUUUCCAUCUGGAUGUUGCUGUGAUCAGUCUGAAAUACAAUUGGCAAACACAUUGCCUGUUUACAGCUUAGAGACCACAAUGGACAACUAGACUAUUUGAACUCCAGAAGGACCAACACCAGAUAAAUUAUGAAUGUUGAACAAGAUGACCUUACAUCCACAGCAGAUAAUGAUAGGUCCUAGGUUUAACAGGGCCUUAUUUGACCCCCUGCUUGUGGUGCUGCUGGCUCUUCAACUUCUUGUGGUGGCCGGUCUGGUGCGGGCUCAAACCUGCCCUUCAGUCUGCUCCUGCAGCAACCAGUUCAGCAAAGUGAUUUGCGUCCGGAAAAACCUACGUGAGGUUCCAGAUGGCAUCUCCACCAACACUCGGCUGCUGAACCUCCAUGAGAACCAAAUCCAGAUCAUCAAAGUGAACAGCUUCAAACAUUUGAGGCACCUGGAAAUCCUACAGUUGAGUAGGAAUCACAUUAGAACCAUUGAAAUUGGGGCCUUCAAUGGUCUGGCAAACCUCAACACGCUGGAACUCUUUGACAAUCGUCUUACCACCAUCCCGAAUGGAGCUUUUGUUUAUCUGUCUAAACUGAAGGAGCUCUGGCUGCGAAACAACCCCAUUGAAAGCAUCCCUUCUUAUGCUUUUAACAGAAUUCCUUCUUUGCGCCGACUAGACUUAGGGGAACUGAAAAGGCUUUCGUACAUCUCAGAAGGUGCCUUUGAAGGUCUGUCCAACUUGCGGUAUUUGAACCUUGCCAUGUGCAACCUCCGAGAAAUCCCUAACCUCACGCCACUCAUAAAACUAGAUGAGUUGGAUCUUUCUGGGAAUCAUCUGUCUGCCAUCAGGCCUGGCUCUUUCCAGGGGUUGAUGCACCUUCAAAAACUGUGGAUGAUCCAGUCCCAGAUUCAAGUGAUUGAACGGAAUGCCUUUGAUAACCUUCAGUCACUGGUGGAGAUCAACCUGGCACACAACAAUCUAACAUUACUGCCUCAUGACCUCUUCACACCCUUGCAUCAUCUAGAGCGGAUACACUUACAUCACAACCCCUGGAACUGUAACUGUGACAUCCUGUGGCUCAGCUGGUGGAUAAAAGACAUGGCCCCCUCCAACACCGCUUGUUGUGCCCGGUGUAACACUCCUCCCAGUCUGAAAGGGAGGUACAUUGGGGAGCUUGACCAGAAUUAUUUCACAUGCUACGCUCCUGUGAUUGUGGAGCCGCCAGCAGACCUCAAUGUCACCGAAGGCAUGGCAGCUGAGCUGAAAUGUCGGGCCUCCACGUCCCUGACCUCCGUAUCUUGGAUUACUCCAAAUGGAACAGUCAUGACGCAUGGGGCGUACAAAGUGCGGAUAGCCGUGCUCAGUGAUGGCACGUUAAACUUCACGAAUGUAACCGUGCAAGAUACAGGCAUGUACACCUGUAUGGUGAGUAAUUCUGUUGGGAAUGCCACCGCUUCAGCCACCUUGAAUGUUACUGCAGCAACCACCACCCCCUUCUCUUACUUUUCAACCGUCACUGUAGAGACCAUGGAACCUUCUCAGGAUGAGGCGCGGACCACAGAUACUAACGUGGGUCCCACUCCAGUGAUUGACUGGGAGACCACCAACGUGACCACCUCUCUCACGCCACAGAGCACAAGGUCCACGGAGAAAACAUUCACCAUCCCCGUGACUGACAUGAACAGCGGGAUCCCAGGAAUUGACGAGGUUAUGAAGACUACCAAAAUCAUCAUUGGCUGUUUUGUGGCCAUCACACUCAUGGCUGCAGUGAUGCUGGUCAUUUUCUACAAGAUGAGGAAGCAGCACCACCGGCAGAACCAUCACGCCCCGACAAGGACUGUGGAAAUCAUCAAUGUGGAUGAUGAGAUUACAGGAGACACACCCAUGGAAAGCCACCUGCCCAUGCCUGCCAUUGAGCAUGAGCACCUCAAUCACUAUAACUCCUACAAAUCUCCCUUCAACCACACAACAACAGUUAACACAAUAAAUUCAAUACACAGUUCAGUGCAUGAACCGUUAUUGAUCCGAAUGAACUCUAAAGACAAUGUACAAGAGACUCAAAUCUAAAACAUUUACAGUUACAGGAAAAAAAAAUCAGAAAAAAAAGAGACAGUUUAUUAAAAAAUGACACAAAUGACUGGGCUAAAUCUACUGUUUCAAAAAAAGUGUCUUUACAAAAAAAAAACAAAAAAGAAAAGAAAUUUAUUUAUUAAAAAUUCUAUUGUGAUCUAAAGCAGACAAAAUGAUGUGUAUUCCUCAGAACCUGUUUUUGCUGCACUUACUUACUGUUUUCCCACAUCUCAUCCCUGCCUUCCCCGACUGCCAUAUUUUUCAUAGGAGAUCUCAAUUCCCUAAAGAACUGGUCUAGGAAAUUUUGUAAGAAUUCUGUUACACUUUGAGAUUUUUAUGGUGAAUUCUAGUGGUGAGAUCCAGUCGAUUUGUCUUUCUUUUUUUUUUCUCUUUUCUUUUCUCCCUCUCAUGCCCUUAUGAAGUAGUCCAAUGGGGAAUGCAAUAUUAGAAAUAGAUUUUUAAGAGAGAGCAAGGAAAAACUGCAAAAUCUUAUAUUUUUCAUGUAAUGACCUGUUCUGUAUUUAUGAGGAGGACCACUGAAUGGAAAAGAAAAGGAAAAAAAAAUAAGCAAACAACAGAUUAAUUUACAUAUGAGCAUCUAUAAAACCCAUGAUCUUUUCAACAAAUCUAGAACCAGAAUUUGUAGUUCAAAAGCUAAACAUAAGAUUAUAAAUAAAAUAUUGUUGGUUUUUCUGUA